GUCUGGCAAUGGAGCGCCUUUGAGGCAUCCUUUGCCGGCCUGGGCAGCUCCAGCACUGCCCGCGACCUAGAGAACUGCCCGGGGGCAGCCCGCAUACCCGUGCGCAGCGGUGCGGGCAGCGAUGCCGGUCUGCGAGGAGAUCGAUGGCGAAGACGAAGAGAUUGUGAUGACAGUGCUCGGCUCACUGGAGGACCUGCUCUAUGAGCCCAUAAGCAUCGGUGGUGGCGGCGACUCGAGCGACAGCAGCGAUGACGACGCCUGGAACUCGUGCGAGUCGAAGGAGGGCCACUCGCUGCGCGACGAGAUCGAGACCUUCGCGGAUCGUGCGAUGGCGGCCGACGACGACGCUGGCGACGGCGAAUAUCCCUUGGUUUGGACGGAGCUUCACCAUGCUUUCAAGAGCCUGGUCGAGGGUCACGUGCAGGGCGUCCUGGAGAGGUCACAUCACACGCCGCAGAGCUUUGUGCGCCUCGUCGAAACGAUCGAGAAGCGCGAGGGCUGGACCUGGGCGCGCGAUGGCUGCCGCGAGGUCGUCUCGCUGCUGCGCGAGGUCGACGACUUUGAAACGUGGGCCCGCGAGCUACGGCGGAAGGCCGCCGCGCGGCGGGAGCGGGCGAGGCAUAAGUAGU